ACGGUGGCGGAGUGCGGUCGCGGGCGGGGCGGGGCGCGGCAUGGCGCGGUAGCGGCGCGGAUGUGCGCGCGCUCCGACGCCGUGGAGCUGGAGGUGCUCGGCGCGGAGGGCGGCGAGCGCGUGCCGCCGCGUCCGCUGCGUCGCUCGCUGCUCGGCCUGCUCGGCAAGCUGGUGCGCCGCGAACAACCCGCGCCACGCCGCAACCGGCACAACCAUCGCUUCCGCACCUUCGUCUCCUGCGACAAUGAACGAAGAAUCAAAGCCAACAACAGAGAAUACAAUGCGCAGUUUCGCUAUGCUAACAACUACAUUAAGACGUCGAAGUACUCGAUAAUAACGUUCCUGCCGUUGAACUUGCUGGAGCAGUUCCAGCGGUUGGCGAACUUCUACUUUCUGUGCCUGCUGGUGCUGCAGCUGAUUCCCGCUAUCUCCUCACUGACACCCAUCACAACCGCCAUCCCGCUGAUCGGCGUACUUGCCCUCACAGCAGUCAAGGACGCCUACGACGACUUCCAACGUCAUCAAAACGACUCUCAAGUGAACCACCGUAGAGCGAAGACGCUGCGCAAUGGCAAGCUGGUGGAGGAGAAGUGGGCGUCUGUUCAAGUGGGUGACGUCAUACGGCUGGAGAACGACCAGUUCGUCGCAGCGGACAUUCUGCUGCUCAGCAGUUCUGAGCCCAACGGCCUCUGUUACAUAGAGACUGCGGAGCUUGAUGGGGAGACGAAUUUAAAGUGUCGCCAGUGCCUUUUGGAGACGGCAGCGAUGGGUCAGGAUGACGGACAGCUGGGUGCGUUUGACGGCGAGAUAGUGUGCGAAACGCCUAACAAUCUACUUAAUAAGUUUGAAGGUACUCUAAGCUGGCGUGACCAACACUUCUCGUUGGACAACGAUAAGAUCCUCCUACGUGGGUGUGUACUCCGCAACACUACGUGGUGCUACGGCGUCGUCGUGUUCGCAGGCAAGGACACCAAGCUCAUGCAGAACUCCGGCAAGACCAAGUUUAAACGCACCAGUAUCGACAGGCUACUUAAUUUUCUUAUUAUAGGGAUAGUGUUCUUCUUGCUGUCGAUGUGCGUGUUCUGCACGGUGGCGUGCGGCGUGUGGGAGUGGCUGGUGGGGCGGCACUUCCAGCUGUACCUGCCGUGGGACACGCUGGUGCCCGCCGAGCCCGCCUCGGGCGCCGUCGUCAUCGCCUUCCUCGUCUUCUUCUCCUACGCCAUCGUCAUGAACACCGUCGUGCCCAUCUCACUAUACGUCUCGGUCGAGGUCAUAAGAUUCGCACAGAGUUUUCUUAUAAAUUGGGAUGAGAAAAUGUAUUACGAAAAGACUGGGACAGCCGCUAAAGCGAGAACAACUACACUUAAUGAAGAGUUAGGUCAAAUCCAGUACAUAUUUUCCGACAAGACAGGCACGUUGACACAGAACAUAAUGACCUUCAACAAGUGCUCUAUCGCGGGCGUGUGUUACGGCGACGUGGUAGAUGAAACCACAGGAGAGACGAUAGAACUCACAGAGAAUACGGAGCCGUUGGACUUCUCGUUCAACCCGGAGUACGAGCCGGAGUUCAAGUUCUUCGACUGCACGCUGCUGGAGGCGGUGCGGCGCGGCGACCGCCACGUGCACGACUUCUUCCGUCUGCUGGCGCUCUGCCACACCGUCAUGCCGGACCAGAAGAACGGCCGCCUCGAGUACCAGGCGCAGUCCCCGGACGAGGCGGCGCUGGUGUCGGCGGCGCGCAACUUCGGCUUCGUGUUCAGAGAGCGCUCGCCUAAUAGUAUUACUAUAGAAGUUAUGGGUAAAACAGAGGUGUAUGAGUUGUUGUGUAUAUUAGAUUUUAAUAAUGUAAGGAAAAGAAUGUCGGUGAUAUUGCGCAAGGACGGCGAGAUUAGAUUGUACACGAAGGGUGCUGACAAUGUUAUAUACGACAGAUUAAAAGGUGGCUGUCAGCAAGAAGUGAGGGCCAAGACACAGGAGCAUUUAAACAAAUUCGCUGGCGAGGGUCUGCGCACGCUGGCGCUGGCGUGGCGGCCGCUGGAGGAGCGCGGCUUCGCGGAGUGGAAGCGGCGCCACCAGGCCGCCGCGCUCGCGCUGCGCGACCGCGACGAGCGCCUCGACGCCAUCUACGAGGAGAUCGAGACUGACCUCCUGCUCAUGGGUGUGACUGCCAUAGAGGAUAAACUACAAGACGGUGUUCCGGAGACCAUAGCGAAUCUCAGCAUGGCCGGCAUGAAGAUAUGGGUUCUCACUGGAGACAAACAAGAGACGGCGAUCAACAUCGGCUACUCGUGUCAGCUGCUGACGGACGACAUGGCGGAGGUGUUCAUAAUUGACGGCGUGACGCACGACGACGUGGACCGCCAGCUCGCCAAGAGCAGGGACUCCAUACGCGUCGUCAACACAUUCCUGCCAUACGGUUCAUCAGAGGCUAAGAACUCUACGGCGAAUGGCGGCGCGGGCGCGGGCGCGGGGCGGCCGUCCCCCGGGCGCGCCGCCAACGUGAAGCUGAACGCGCCCGCCGUCUCCGUCGUCACAUUUAGUAACGAGUACAGCGCGGGCGGGGCGGAGGGCGGCAGGUCGGACGCACACGAGCAUGCCAAUGACGACACCAACGGCUUCGCCAUCGUUGUCAAUGGACACUCCCUAGUGCACUGCCUGCAUCCCAAGCUGGAGGAGAAAUUCCUGGAGGUGGUGCUGCAGUGCCGGUCGGUGAUCUGCUGCCGCGUGACGCCGCUGCAGAAGGCGAUGGUGGUGGAGCUCAUCAAGAAGAGCCGCAAGGCAGUCACGCUCGCCAUCGGCGACGGCGCCAACGACGUCUCCAUGAUUAAAGCGGCGCACAUCGGCGUGGGCAUAUCGGGGCAGGAGGGCAUGCAGGCCGUGCUCGCCUCCGACUAUUCCAUCGCGCAGUUCCGCUUCCUGCAGCGCCUGCUGCUGGUGCACGGCCGCUGGUCCUACUACCGCAUGUGCAAGUUCCUGCGCUACUUCUUCUACAAGAACUUCGCCUUCACCGUCUGCCACUUCUGGUUCGCCUUCUUCUGCGGCUUCAGUGCGCAGACGGUGUUCGACGAGAUGUUCAUCUCUGUGUACAACCUGUUCUACACGUCGCUGCCCGUGCUGGCGCUGGGCGUGUUCGAGCAGGACGUGUCCGACAGCACCGCGCUGCAGUUCCCCAAGCUGUACGCGCCCGGACACACCAGCCGCCUCUUCAACAAGACGGAGUUCAUCAAGUCCACGCUGCACGGCUGCUUCACCUCGCUGGUGCUAUUCCUC